AUGAAUUUGAAUGAUGCAUUGAUUCCACGCUCCCGUAGCUUCCUUCCUCCAAAAUCUGCUCAAUCCGAAUCUAAAUGCGGAAAUUGUAUCGCUUUUAAGAAUUGGGAGGAAAUGAAGAUGAACUUUACUACUCUUUUGCUGACUAUAGUUCUAGCUCCAGUCUUUUUCCACUGUGCAAUUGCCGAUUCAGAGGUUAAUGGGCCUCCAAAAGCUGUUUCAGAUACGAAAAUACAAUCAAUUUUAAAAGUUAAUGAGAGUGACGGCGUGGAUAAGAAAGUAGACAUGGUGAAGAAGGUUGUGGGUGUUAAUUUAAACGAACGUGAUUUGAGCAAGCAGCUGGAGCCAAAAAACGAAGGAAAGAAGGUGAAUGAUGGUGAUUCAAGAGAUGGCCAAAAGGAUAAUAAGGGAUUGGACUCCAAGUCUAAAGAGGGGAGCUUGUCUCCACCAAGAGAAAAAUGUGACCCUUCAUCAAAUAGUUGCACAGACGAUGAUAAGACAUUGAUUGCUUGUUUGAGAGUUCCGGGCGAUGAUUCUCCGGAUCUUUCACUCUUGAUUCAAAAUGAAGGAAAAGGCCUUGUUAGGAUUGCUAUUUCGGCUCCUGAUUCUGUUCAACUUGAGAAAAAGGAAAUUCAAAUCUCAGCGAAGGAAUACUCAGAGGUCAGGGUUUCCAUCAAAAGUGCGGGAAGUAAUGAUUCCAUCAUCCUCACAGCAGGCCAUGGUAACUGCGUUCUCGAUUUUAGGGAUCAAACUGGUAGGAAAAACUUUGACAGCACCUCGCAGUUCGGUUAUAUCAAUCGUUUCAAGCAAACUACCUCCAUUGGAUUUGUGUUUUUGGCUGCAUUAGCAUUAUUGUCAGUCUGGUCAUGCACCAAGUUCUUGAGGCGGCAUUUUGUGAGGAAUCCUAAAUACCAAAAGCUAGAAAUGGAGUUGCCAGUUUCCCGUGGGAGCAAAGUUGAGUCAGAAUCACACAAAGGUUGGGACGACAGUUGGGGAGAUAGUUGGGACGAUGAGGAAGCAUCGAAAACACCAUCAUUGCCUGUCACUCCGAGUCUGUCGUCCAUAGGCAUUGCCUCAAGAAGGUUUAGCAAGGAAGGUUGGAAAGAUUAG